CGGAAGAGUUCAGUCCCGAAUUUUGGCCGCGAGCUUCGUCCAGCAACCUCGCCGCCAUGCCCAUCCUUCUUCGCCGCAACGCCCCGCGCCCGUCCGUCGAAGAGCUCGUGGACCCGAUCUCGACCCGUGACCUGCUGGCGCCCGCCAACAAGGCGGCGGCCAAGCCCGAGCUGCGAAGAGGGUCCGUGCCCGUGUUGCCGUCGACGGGCGAGUCGUACUUCAAAACGGGCCGUGGGCGCAACUCGGAAGGCAACUUCCUCAACAACAACGUCUUCUUGCAGCCGACGUCGGUCUCUGGCCCAGCUUGUGCGACAGGCCAUGAAGGCUCGGCAUCGGGGGCGGCGUCGCCCACGGACGAAGAUGUGCCGCCACUGCGGGAAGAGAAGCCGCGGGUCUCGACGUAUUCGAUGAUUGUGAACAACCCGCGCAUGGUCAACACGCUUGCACAUGAACUCAGCCUGCUGCCAAAAACGUACCUGCGUCUCGCGCUCGAGCGUGUCGUCUCGUCCGCGUCCCGAUCCAUCUCGAGCAUGCGCCGGCGCCCCAAGCCGAACCCUGAGGCCAAGCCGAGUGCGUCGUCGCCUCAAGUGCCGCCGUCGUCCGGCGCCACGUCGCCCACCGAGAGCGACCGCAACUCGACACAGCAGUUGCCCAUCGACUAAGUUGGCGUUCUCGCUUGCCCUUGUACCAUAGCUGUAUUCACGAACACGACGGUCGACCGCGUUCGUAUUAGAAGCUGCAUGUCCUCGUCGUACUACAGUGACGUUUAACCAACAUGUCGUCGUCACGCAAUGCAAUCUUACGUGGGGAAACCAC